AUUUUUUAUCCUUCGAUUAUUGUUAAAUUUAAUUUGAUCUUUUAAUAUUUUAUUUGACAUAUUUAAUGUUGAAUCAAUUACAAUAUGUGAGAAGGAGAAGAAAAAUGAGAAAAGGAAAUUAAUUUAUGGGAAUAAGGAUAAAAAGGUCAUUAAGAGACAAUUUUUUAUUUUUUUGAAUUUUGCAUUUAAAUAAUAAUUCCACGCAAAUGUUAUUUACAAAAAUGAUUAAAUAGUUUGAGUGACUUUUUGAGUAAAAACGUAAAAGUUGAGUGACUUUUGAAAUAAAGAUCAAAGUUGAGUGGCUUUCUGGGAUAAAAGUCUAAAGUUGAGUGACCAUUUGAGUUAUUAACUCGAAAAUUUCCCUGCGUUACUUUCCACGUCUUUGCUGCCAUUUUCUCACUAGCGUAACAACAAUGCUUUAAAUUUUCUGAAGUACUAAAAUAUUUGAUUAGCUGAUAUAUCAAAAUCAAUGUAAUUCACGUGGAGUGAUUAUGCAAUCUUGCUAUAUUUUCAUCUUAUAUAAAACAUACUCAACCUUGAUCCUAACUGAUUAGUCAUCUAAGUAAUCAUUCUUCCUCUAAUUUCGAGAUAAUGGACUUCUCUCUUGCCAUUACUUGUGUUACUACAUUUAUUAUUUUUUUCUACUUCAUUUACAUGCUUUUGGGGAUUUUAAAUCACAAAAAUAGCAACUUUAAUAGGAGAACACCCCCUAAAGUUGCUGGAUCGUGGCGUGUAAUCGGCCAUCUCCACCUUUUCAGUGGAUCUGGGCUGCCUCACAAAAUCUUUGGGCUUAUGGCAGACAAAUAUGGGCCAAUUUUCACAGUAAAAUUUGGAGCCCAUCAAGUUUUGGUGGUGAACGAUUGGAAGAUAGCCCAAGAUUGCUUAACCAUCAACGACAAGGCGUUGCCGAGCCGGCCUAAAGCGUUCUUGGGCUACAACUAUGCCAUUUUUGGGCUUGGCCCAUAUUGGCGAGAAAUGAAAAAGCUAGUAGUACUCGAAUUACUCUCCAAUCAUCGUGUACCAAUGUUUAGACACAUUCGAGAAUUUGAAGUGAAAACGUCCAUCACAACAACAUACGAAAGGUGGUCGAAGGAAAAAAUGAGUAGUUCUUCAAAUUUCAUCAAAAUAGAAAUGAAACACUGGUUUGAGAACUUGAUCAUGACCAUUAUUGUAAGAAUGCUUUUUGGAAAAGAAUAUGAUUUAGAUGAAGGACAAAGGGCUGGAAUAGCAAUUAGAAAAUUUUUCAAGUUACUAGGUACAUUUGUUGUUGCUGAUUUUAUACCAUCAUUAAGAUGGUUGGAUAUAGGAGGAUAUGAGAAAGAAAUGAAGGAGAAUGCUAAGGAAACAGAUUGUAUACUUGAAAAUUGGCUAGUGGAGCACAAAAGAAAGAGAAGUUGUGGAGAAUUGAAAAAUGAGGAUGAAAAAGACUUUAUGGAUAUAAUGUUGUCCUUUUUUGAAGGUGCCAGGGAUGAAGAUCUUCCUGGUUUAGAUGCUGAUACCAUUAUCAAAUCUACAUGCUUCGUAGGUGUACCUUAGUCUACAUUCUCUCUUUGAUUUUAUGUGUGUGAUUAUUAAAACUAGUACGUUACUACAGGUAAAAAAAAAAAAAAAAUAUUAAAGAAAUGAUCGUUGACCUAACUCAAACUAGACAUGAGGAUUGUCCAAACCAUAUAAAAAGACUCUGCAUAUUAUUACCUACUAAUGCGAGACUUCUUCACACACACCUCCUCCCCUCCUCCCUCCCACAACCAAAGUCAGAAUCUGGAGCGUCGACAAUUUUUAAUAUGAUGGUAUCACAAACAGUAAAUUAGGAUGGGCCUGACUAGAGUUCCACUUAGGGAGGAUAAUUUGGUCGUUUUAUAUGGUCUUGAAUAAUCUUCCCUUAUUAGCUUGAUUUGAGAUUGAACUAGGUCCAAAAUUCAUUUCUUUAUCAAAUUAACACACACAUAUAAAUACAUACAUACUAUCUAAAUUUUUAGUUUUUCAUUUUAAUUUGUGUAACUACAUACAUGUACUGAUUUUUAGAUGUUAUUAUAUAAUUUACUGAUUCUUUUUUUGUUUAAUUCCUUUUUAUUUUACUCUUGUUUUCCCUAUCUUGGAAUUAAGGCUAUGUUAGCAAGAGGGACUGACACCACAGUUGUAGCAUUAACAUGGACUCUCUCUUUGCUACUCAAUAACAAUGCAAAAGGUCCAAGCAGAACUAGACAUUCAAGUUGGAAAAGAUACGCUAGUUAAUGAGUCACAUAUAAAAAACUUGGUCUAUUUACAAGCAAUUGUUAAAGAAUCGUUACGCUUAUAUCCACCUACACCACUCUUAGCACCCCAUGAAUCCAUUGAAGAUUGCAGCGCCGGAGGCUAUAAUAUCCCGAAAGGUACUCGUGGAAGAUUCAACGCGAUCAAACCAUUUGGUCGGAACUGUCACACCCCUUUUUCAACUAAAAAAAAAAUUUGUUUUAAGGUUUCGAAAGGGUUUUUAUUAAAAAGUGACAAAUGAAGAUUUUCGUUUCAAAAGGGACUAUUUAUAAUUUUUAUUCAGAGUCACCACUUGGCAUAAAUUUGGUGUGCUAAGUCACCUUGAGAAAAACCUUUUCAAAACAAUGUGACUCUUAAAACUGGCUUGCAAAUAGAGAUUCCGAUUAAGAAAUUAUGUUGACCGAAGGAAAGGUGUUAGGAACCCCUCGAUCCCGUGGUUUGAACACGAUCUCUCGGUGGAAUGUAUCGGCAUAAUUUGACACUAAGAGUGUAUAAACCACAUAAAACACCCAAACAAACAUCAAACAACAAACCAAAACCAAAAUAAUAUUGUUCAGUCCCAAUUAUACAGUCCAAAAUAGGAGAAUUGAGAAAAAUAUAAAACCUAUGCUAAUCCUAACUACGGUCUCGUGCUUUACCCGAUGCCUCAGACCUUGAUCACGAUCCGCCUUCGCCAACAUGAUACGUCGGACAUUCCCCGGUGAAUAAAUACAUCAAUCUUUGGGGCAUUCCCCGGCCAAAUGAAUACAUUUCAAUCCGAAAACAUAAACCAACACAUUCAAAAUUCCAAUAAUCCAUCAAUUAUAAAUUUACCUACCCAAGCCUAGUGUUUGCCUAUCCGCUCAAAGGCAUAUCACGUUUAACAUCAACAAUGAAUCAAAAUAUCAACAUAUUCACUUUUAUCAAUUUUCGAUUAACAUUCCCUUAAAUCCAUUCUCAACAUAAUUUAAUCAAUUUAAUACGCAAUUCACCAAAUCAAGUUUUCACAUUCAAAUCCAACAUCAACCAAUGCACAACAAAGAUUCAAAUCUACCAAACAAACAAGUUAUUCAUCCACGACAAUUAACCAAAAUUCAACAAUAGAAUAGGAAACGAGAUAAAAAAUAGACCUUAAUCCCGCUUUUAUUCAAUCAAAUGAAGGAGCUUCGCAGAUUGGGAACCAUGAACUAGCAGAACCUUGACCCAACAUUCCAAAGACGACCUCCCUGUUUUCUUCCGAUAUCGCGACUCACCAGAGUUAACCAAAUCUCGCCGGAGUAGAUGAAGGUGGCUAUUCAACGUAGAUCUGGAACAAGGUUGGCGUGACUGUUUUCCUAUGGGUUUCGACGCAACAGCAAUCGCCGGAGCUUUCUAGCUCUAUUUUGAUGGAUCUCCGGCGAGAGACUCACCGGAAACGGUCAAACCAACGCUCGUUUCUCUCCCUUGAUCGAUUUUCACUCUUUUCUCACCAUCUCUCCCUCUCUCCCUCGAUCGUGUGUGUGUGUGCCUGGUGUUGUAUGUGCUGUUUUUGAAGAAAAAAAAGCUCCAAAAUUAGGGUCCUUGUCUAAGAAGAAGAAGAAGAAAAUGGCCUUUUUCUUUUUCUUGUAUAUGGCGUGUGUAUAUAUAUAUAUUCCUUAAUUUUGGAAUUCUGAAUAGGAAGCUUUCCUGUGGGACCCACCUAUCCAUUAUCAUGAUGCCUAUGUGUAUAUCCUCAAAAUUAGAAUAAAAUGGUCCCUUUUUCUUUUGUUUUUUUCUCGAAGGUUCCCUGGGUCCUAUUUUUGUUGUCUCACUUGAAUGGAUGAUGAUGAUGUAUAUAUUCAAGAGGAAUGGAGACCAAAUUUGUUUG